AUGACGAACGAUAAGCGCACCCGGAGCCAGCAAGAGACCGCGACCGAGAACGAGCCCACAGUGACCGCAUCCGACGUUCCAUCGCCCCCGCGCACAAGAGCACGUGCAGCGGCAAGCACACAACUCACGGCCCCAACAGCCUCUUCCGCAGCGUCUAACCUCUCCCAGACAACGACGACAGUCCCUCCAUCCUCCUCCCCCCAGACCCGUCGCAGGGACAAAGGCAAGAACAAGCAAUCCGACGACCCACGUCCGGCAAAGCGCCCCCGUCGUAGUGCUCCCGCGGCUACCCCAUCGACCUCGAACGGCAUUACCAUCAACGAGCCCAAGCGCGACUCAAAAGGCAAGAAACGUGCGGCCCCAGACCCCGACUCAGACGACCCCGCCACCUCCACAAAGAAACACAAGUCCCCUUACUCACUCCGUAAUCGGACUUCUCUCCCCAAUCUGAAGUCUACUACCACCAUGUCCCGCAAGAACAGAGCGACUCGCAAGUCCACCGGCAAGUCGACACGGGAUGACGAGGCGCUUGACUUAGCCGGAGACAGCCGUCCGGAAGAUGAGCAUGCCGAGAGUUCCCGAAACGAUACAGCACCCGAACGCAAUGAUAGCGACGAAGAAGAUGACGACGAAGAUACGGGCGAUGAAGACGAAGAGAAUGAGGGAGAGCCUAACUCGUCCGCACUAGGCAAUCAGUCAGGUUUGGAUGACUCGGCUGUAUCCGCUUUGUUUAGUGCCGACUUUCGUGCACUCGGGUCGUACAUGCUCUCGCUCUCGACCCGUCUCAAAACCAUUCUCAACAAUAUCAAGCCCUCUGCCAGUCCCACAGUUCGUCUGAUGGCCCUCCAGGAACUCAGUGAGAUUCUCAGCAUGAGCACAGAGGAUACCCUAGCGGGAUACUUCCAGGUAGAUUCAUUCGUGGGAGAACUAGUUAGGAUUAUGGGAGGCAAGGAUACGGGUGGUGAUGACGAUGAUGAAGCGGUCAACGAAGACGAUGAAGAUGCGUCUCUCGCUGCUGCACUCGCUCUCAGUGCCGGUGGCUUCCCGGGAGACGAUAACCUUGAAGCCCAAGUAUUGGCUUGCAGGUGUCUUGCCAACCUUAUGGAAGCCCUUCCUGGCUGCGCCCAUACUGUCGUUUACCAUGGCGCUGUCCCCGUUCUAUGCAGCAAGCUUAUCGACAUUCAAUACAUUGACCUCGCAGAACAGACCCUGAGCACGCUCGAAAAAAUAUCAGAAGAAUAUCCUAGUGCCAUUGUACGCGAGGGUGGUUUGGCGGCCCUACUCAAUUUCCUUGACUUUUUCUCGACAAAUGUCCAACGGACCGCCCUACAAGCCGCUGCAAAUUGCUGCCGUAACGUCAGCAUCGAUAAUUACAAUAUGGUCAAGGACGUCUUCCCCAUUAUUCGUACUGUUCUUGGAUACGCCGAUCCCCGACUGGUCGAGCACGCAUCCCUAUGCGUCAUCCGGACCAUUGAGAGCUUUAGGUCCCAUCCGGAGCUUCUCGAAGGUCUUGUUGACCCAGCCCUUCUCCGUGCGCUGAUGUCGGCCGCAGUUAGCCCUGGUACAUUCACACUCGUCCUGCGCGCGCUUUCCAGUGCUACCAAAUCAAGCCCGAAAAUCGCACUGUCCUUAUUAGAAGCAGACGUUGCAGGUACCCUCUAUCAAAUUCUGACAGGAACCGUGCCUCCCGCCGAUCCGACCGACCCGUGUGGCGGCACAGAUGCCGUGGCGGCGGCCGCGGCACUCACAGAUAUGGCUGUUAUGCAAAACUUAGCACAUCGCCCCAAGGACCAAGUCGAGGAGGCUUUGAGCUUAGUUUCUGAGCUCAUGCCGCCACUUCCUAGAGGUGUGUAUCUGUCUCCUAUCUCUAAAGUUUCUCGAUUGAUCCUUACGUAUGACUGGGUAAUCAUAGAUGGCGUGUUUGAUCACCGCGCAUAUUCUGAAAAGGCAUUGGCUAGGAUGGUCAAGGCCAAGAUCAAAUCGUUGAAGAGUUCACGAACGAGUUCGAAUGCUGGGCCGAGUACGAGUACUAACCCAGAACCGAUGGAUAUCACACCAGACGACCCUGGCGCCGCGACUCCUGUUGCGGCGCCGGGCUCUGCUACACCUGUUGCAAGGCCUGGGUCACCAGUACACGCCCCAACUCCACCCUUCCAACCCGGUUCACCUGUGAUCCGGCCAAUUUCGCCAACCGCACAACCCAUUCCCACUUUGAGUCGCACGGAACUGUUGAGGUCCAAGCCCGAACUUAUCAACCGGUAUAUGCGCUUGAUGGUACCUGUGCUGGUUGACGUGUAUGCUGCCAGUGUGGCAACUCAGACCAGGAGCAAGUCUUUGACGGGAAUUCUGAAAGCUAUUAGUUUCUCAGAGGGAGAGGAAGUCAACGCGAGUGUAUCGAUCGCAACUUUUGUUGGCUCCAUAUUGUCGUCGCGCGACUAUCCAGCGCUUGCCAUCUGCGCACUUCAACUCGUAGAAUUACUGUUGACAAAGGCACCUAACGUAUACAAGCCCGCACUCCGACGGGAGGGUGUACUCCACGAGAUCGAGGUUCUGACUGAGCGACAACUUACCACCAAGGCCAAAGAGAAGUCGGAGAGUAGCAGAGGCGAGGCUGCCAAACAAGAAACCAAAAACGAGGGGUCGUCCCCAGCACCUGAGCCCGCUUCCGAGCGAGAUGAAUCACCCCGGCCUAUGAUACCUAUUCCUGUCAAGCGCUCGUCCAGCACCGUACUCGAUCCCCAGGAUGCAAUCACUUUACGCGCCAAGGUCGUUCGAUUCAAGUACUUGUCCGGUGCAGAGGAGAAUGCGGCCGACCCUGUAUUCGAGAAGUUGCGUGGCUUAUUGGCUACACUUCGCGAUACUGGAGCGGCUGAGGCCGAGUUAAAAGACGCACUGAAGGAUAUUGCAGCCAUGUUUGGUAUUGGUGGAGGAGCAAGCAUAUCAAGCUAUGAGCUAUUGAAGAGUGGGCUUGUGGAUGGGCUGUUACAAUUUACCACCGACCCUGCACUUACAUUGGAUGUAGCAACCCGUCAGCAGAUGGUGGCUCAAGCGUUUUCCCCCCGCUCGUCCAAGGGUACAGACUCGCCCUCGGGAUCUCCUAUGGCAGUUCUGGUCAAGAAGUUGCAAGAGAGUUUGACAAGAAUCGAAAACUUUGAAGUAGUGACUGUAUCCCCUGGCGCUGAAGCAUCCAGGCGAAACUCUCCCUCAAUGCUUGCUCGUCAACUUCGCCUUCGAAUUGUUGCCGAAGAAGGAACCGAUGCUCCUCGAUCGUGCACCAAUAUUGUUGUUUCAAUUCAUGCCAUCGCCACUUUCCAAGCACUCAACGAUUACCUACGUCCACGAGUGGCUGGCGCCCUUGCAGGAAUGGGUGCAGGUAGCUCCAGGUUGUCUGGUGUUUUGGCAGCAUUCGCAGCUGCGGCUGGUUUGCCAGCUGGAGCACUAAGCCGAGUUGCUGCUGCAUCAAGCGGAGCGGGCCCAAGUUCAACAAGCGCUACCGCCGGUUCAAGUUCAGGAUCCACUUCUACUCCCACCAUCGGAAGGAGACGAAGCCAACGACUAAAAGCGAAGGAUAGCGCUGCAGCAGAUGAGAACAAUACUUCACCAACGACGGAAACUUUACCCACAGUUGAAGCAUUGCCGAGUGCUCCUGCUGCCUCAUCUUCCGCGGCCGCCGAGUCUAUGCUUGCUGCUUUGACAUCGGGUGCUGAUGCUGGGCUCCCAAUGCUUGGUAGUGAGGACUUUGACAUGGAGCAUGCCGAGGACAUGUUGAACGAAGACUUGGAGGCUGAGUUUUAUGAAGAAGAUAUGGAACCUCAGCAAGGGUCUCCGGACAAGACGGUAUCUGUAUCCUUGAACGACGAUGGUACAAAAGUCGAAGCACAGACGCCCGAUGGGACGCGCGUUGCCACACCCAAUCCGAGCGCAGCUGAACGUCAGACUACGACCCCUUCGUCAUCGUCCAAGUUCUCGUACGCUGCGGCCCUCAAGGCCAAGCCUACUGACUGGCACCUCGAAUUCUCGAUGGAUGGACACGUACUGCCCCUCGAUACUACGAUCUACGGUGCAGUUCAUCAUCACGAAGCUCGUCGUGCAGCUGCUUCGGGAUCGACAUCAGGAUCAAAUGUGGCUAGCCUGACUGCGCCAUCCCUAUGGCAAGGCGUCUACACCGUGAAGUACAGGAAGGUGCCUGGGCCGCCGCCCACUCAACCCACGGCUCGAGUCGAGACAGUAUCAACCUCCGAGAGUACACUUAGUGCCGAUUUGCCGCAUACUCAGAUUCUCCGUCUGCUACGAGUAUUACACAAGAUGAACUUGAGGGUCAAGGACAAGAUGUUCACGGACACAACUGCUGCUGUUCUUGCUGAGAGUGCUUUCAUAAACAAUAAAUUGACGGCCAAGUUGACUAGGCAGCUCGAAGAACCAAUGAUCGUGGCAAGUCAAUGUCUCCCUGAUUGGGCAAUCGAACUUCCGCAGCAGUACCACUUCUUGUUCCCCUUCUCUACCCGCUUCUCUUUCCUUCAGUCCACAUCCUUUGGCUAUGCCCGCCUUAUCACCAAAUGGCAGUCCCAACAACAACGCACGUCAGACUCUUCACGCCGUGACGACGCCUUUGGAUAUCUUGGUCGCCUGCAACGCCAAAAGGUGCGCAUCUCGCGACACCAUAUCCUCGAAUCAGCCGUCAAGGUUCUCGAAUUGUACGGUUCGAGUUCCAGCGUGCUUGAGGUUGAGUACUUUGAAGAAGUCGGAACUGGACUCGGGCCGACUCUAGAAUUCUAUUCGUUGGUCUCCAAGGAGUUUGCGAGGCGUGAACUCAAGAUGUGGAGGGACGCGGAUUCGAGUGUCGAGGGCCCAUACGUGCAACGCCCACUGGGGUUGUUCCCGUCCCCUGAGAUCAAAUUGGAGGCUAAGUUGACCAAACUAUGGUCCAUUCUUGGCCAAUUUGUUGGAAAAGCACUAUUGGACUCGCGGAUCAUCGAUAUGUCCUUCAAUAGUUUGUUCUUGAAGUACAUCUUGAACGAGGAGGUCCCACUGACGAUUGCCAGCCUGAAAUUGGUUGAUCCUACACUCGCCAAUUCACUGUCCAAGCUCCAGGCAUAUGGUGUUGCCCGUCGCGAGAUCGAGAACAAUAUCAGCAUGUCUCCGUCUGAAAAGGAGGCCGCCUUGAGUGAUCUUACUAUCCAUGGUGCCCAUCUCGAAGACUUGGCCCUGGACUUUACUGUUCCUGGGUAUGACAUUGAACUCAAGCCGGGUGGUAGGGAUAUUUCUGUGACAAACUCAAAUGUGGAAGAAUACGUACGCGAAGUAAUCGAUGUCGUGAUUGGCCGAGGCGUACAGAGUCAAGUACAAGCAUUCCGUACCGGAUUCUCCAAAGUUUUUGCAGUGACAGACCUUCAAAGUUUCUCAUCGGAGGAGUUGGAUUUGCUAUUUGGUAACGCAGAUGAAGAUUGGAGCACCGAAACUUUGACCGACGCACUCAAAGCCGAUCAUGGUUUUAAUGUCGACAGUGGUGCCAUCCGUGAUCUUAUUGGUAUCAUGACUUCAUACGACGAACCUACCCGACGAGCGUUCCUACAAUUCAUCACCGGAAGUCCAAAAUUACCGAUUGGUGGCUUCCGUGGGCUCAGCCCCCAACUGACCGUCGUCCGCAAACCUCACGAGGCACCUCUCAAGGCCGACGACUACUUGCCAAGCGUGAUGACAUGCGUCAACUACCUUAAACUGCCAGAAUACAGUGCGAAGAGCGUGAUGGAGGCUCGCCUUAAGACAGCGAUGAUGGAGGGUGGUGGAAGCUUCCAUUUGUCAUAG